AUGGAUGUUGAGAUGAAAAAACAAGACAUAGAUGUAACAGUCUCCAUGGAGACUAUGAAGGUCUGCAUAGAUAUGGCAAGCCUCGAGGAAAAGAGAAUCAACAAGGUGUGCAGAGAGUUCUACGAGUAUGGGAAGACAUUCAUUGACAAUCUGGAGCGCGAGACAGUUUUGCCUAAAAAGAUUGAAAGCAUCACGACCUUAAGAAACCCGUCCGGACAAGGUACAAAGAAAUGGAGCCGAUAUAAAAUGAUUGUCCACCUUAGGAACUUCUAUCUCGAGGCCACACAUCAGCAGCUGGAAAAGGUGGUCCAGUUCCUCAGGAACUUUCCGCAUGUUGAAAUUAACCUAAGCAUUCAGAAUUAA